UUAGUCGAACAGUACACACGUGAAACCUGUGCAGCUAAGCGCUCUGCGUUCUCUCUCAAGUGAAGUGUUAAAACUUUCAACAACCCAACCUAAUUCAUCAUGUCUGGCCGUGGAAAGGGCGGAAAGGUUAAGGGAAAGGCAAAGUCCCGCUCCAACCGUGCUGGGUUGCAGUUCCCGGUCGGUCGUAUUCAUCGGCUGCUGCGUAAGGGCAACUACGCCGAGCGCGUUGGCGCCGGGGCCCCCGUCUAUCUGGCCGCGGUCAUGGAGUAUCUGGCUGCGGAAGUGCUGGAGUUGGCCGGAAAUGCCGCUCGCGACAACAAGAAGACGCGCAUCAUCCCGCGUCAUCUGCAGCUGGCCAUCCGUAACGAUGAGGAGCUGAACAAGCUGCUGUCCGGGGUAACGAUUGCCCAGGGUGGCGUCUUGCCCAACAUCCAAGCCGUGCUGCUGCCCAAGAAGACGGAAAAGAAGGCUUAAGCUCCUGAAAACCCCUAUCGGACGACGAACAGCAUCAUCUGUGCGAGAAAGCGUUUGGACACAGGCCUACGAUACCCGAAAUCACACGUACGGAACCAAAACCGCCCUUGUCAGGGCGACGAAAUGAAUUCACGAAAAGAUAUUACAUUUGACUUCUGUCUUGCCAUGGUUGGUUGUGAUGCGUAGGAGAGGGAGUAUUUUAACAUGUAGAUUCAUAAUUAAGCUUAGUUUUGAUGAAAAAAUAUAACUACAUACUGAAAAGAAUAAUGGAGAGGGGGUUUACAAAAGAGCGAAAAAGAAAGCAAAGAGGGCAGAUUGAAUCAUGGCUGUCAAAUCUUGGUGUGAGUAGCGUUUAUAUGCACCGAUUGAGCGAUCUACUCGCAUCUUCUACGCGCGACGUCGUUAUGCAAUUCGAAUUCCUCGUUAUUUGCGUAUUUAAUAAAUGUGUACAGAAUCCGUAGUUUUUGUAAUAGAAUUAAGUUUUCUGAGGAUUAAAAUAAACAGUAAAAUGUA